CGUGUUUCUCGCCUUUCCAUUGCGAGCUCUCAUAUUUGCUUGCUGUAAUAACUCUGGUAGUUAUACGGCCUUAGACGGUUGCUCACGUUCAAGCUCGACCCGAAACGGAAUGCUACACGUUGCAACUUCCUGAUACUCUAGGGCUGAUCUUCUAGUUGCCUUGGCUACACCUUCAACACACUGCUUUCACAGAGCUUUGUACAGCUUGUGGCGAGAUGCGUACUUCAGCCUCGUUGCUGAGUGCGAAAACGCUCUUUGCGUUGAGCGCGUUCAGCCGAAUUGGAGCUCUUGCGGAUUCGAACAUCAACGUUGCUCUCCAAGCUUCAUUCGCCCCUGCACCUUACCUGGUGGAACUCCUAGAGACCGCAGCAGAUGAGAACGCGACCGCAUAUUUCCCCCUCCUCGACCGAAUAGCAGAAGGCUGGCUAGACGAGCUAGACACAGAGAAGCAGCUGUACGACAAGUUCGUCGAGAUACUCCAGAGCGAUGGCCACAUCAACGACCCCGAGACCCUCGCCUCUUUCAACCUUGCGCUUUCCGUACGAUCGGCGGCGCCACGGAUAGAAGCACACUACCAGUUCUACAAGACGUCGGUGGAGCCUUCUCUGGAGUCAGAGCAAGGCGAGAACUGUCAGCUCUGGGUGUCCCUCAACGGCCAGCAGUAUUGCACACCAUACGUAGCUGAUGGCGAGCCAACCGGCAACAUCAAGAACGAGCGUACAAACGAGCUACCCUUCGACCGUAUCCUGGGUAACAGCUCGGCACUGCCAACCAUUGUAUACGCCGAUAUCACCGCUCCGCGUUUUCACAAGUUCCACAAGACCGUGAGCAGGACUGCAAAAGAAGGAAAGACUUCCUACCGUGUUAGGCACAAGCCCUCCUUGAAGGCACCUAAGACGCCACUGGUUGUUAAUGGCUAUGGCGUAGCCCUGCAGCUAAAGCGCACAGACUACAUCGUCAUCGAUGACAGACAAGCAGCGCAAGGAGAGGAUCAGAAACCAUCGGGUACUGAGCUGGAUGAAGAGGCUGCAGAUCUGAAGCCUUUGGCCAAGGAUGAUGUACCUGACCUGGCUGAGAAGGCUGCUAGCUUCGUGCUGCAAAGCGAUCAGCCUAUGGACACACUCUUGAAGUUGGUGCGCGACUUUCCAAAGUACACCUCGACCAUCGCGGCUACCAAUGCUACCUCGGACUUCAUUACGGAGCACUACAACAAUCGUGAGCUGCUUCUGCCUACCGGCUCUAACGUCAUCUGGGUCAACGGCGUACAGAUUCCUGCGAAGGACGUCAAUCCCUAUGCGCUUCUUGCCCAUCUCCGUCGCGAGAGGAGAUUGAUCAAUGGCAUCAGAAGCCAGGGACUGUCUGCUCCGGAGACCAUAUCCCUGCUGUCACAUCCUGCUAUCACGCAAGGCGAACUUGGAGACGAGCCACAGCGAUAUGACUUCAGAGACGAGAUCGAGGGCGGUAAAGUGAUCGUCUGGGUUAAUAAUAUCGAGAAAGACUCCAGGUACCAGAGUUGGCCAUCCGAACUCCGGGCUUUAUUGCAAAGGACCUACCCCGGCCAAUUGCCCAAUGUCCGUCGUGACAUUCACAACGCAAUCCUGCCCGUCGACUUCACUGACCCUGAGCAUGUCUCUAACGUCAUUGAGACUGUCAUCGGUCUUGUUAGGCGCGGUAUCCCUCUGCGAUGGGGUCUCGUUCCCCAGAGCCAGACUCCAAACGCCGUGGAUCAAGCAAAGGUCGUAUACUACUUGCAACACACUUAUGGUCUGUCCGCUGUCACUAAGUACCUUUUGACUGCGUUGGAAGCGAAGAAACUUGCACGACCAGACAAGGCUAGUUUUGAGACGGCUGUCAAGACCGGCACACUUCGCAGGGAUCGUGAAACAAUCGAAUUCGAGGACAUCCUGACCACCGAAACUCUCGGCGAGCGUGUGGGCAAGGCUAAACAUUACCUGGAACGUCUUGCGAUCAACGGUCCCAACGCCCCAGCAAUUGUGAACGGUGUACCCGUUGCCCAGAGCGAAAACUGGUUGUCCGAGCUCAGCCAACGCAUCAGCAUGGACCUUCGUUACAUCCAGAAAGCCGUAUUUGAUGGCGAGCUCAAGGACGACAGCUGGGUGCCGCAGCAGUUCUUACUUCAAGCUGCUGCCAAACGCAACCCACUCAUCAUCCCGGAGAAUGAGAAGGAGAUAAAGCUCGUCAAUAUGGCUGAAUUCGAAGAGAAGUACGGUGAGAUCUUUGCGGAGUACCCUCAUAUCAAGGCUACAGACUCCACAAGCAGGGGUACCUGGGCACAUCUGACAGUUUUUGGUGACUUUGAUACCGAGUCUGGCUUGACUUUGCUCAAGUCCGUAUCCCAGUAUCGACAAGCGAACCCAAAUGUUGAGAUCGUCAUGAUGCAUAAUUCCUAUGCAGACCACUCUGGUGUAUAUGAAGAGAUCUUCGAUGCCUAUAUCGAGGCGCAACGCCAGCUCAACAGUGAUAAGCUCAUGGAGCUUCUGAGUAAGGAUGUUGCUAAGUCGCCAAUACCCGCCAGGUCUGCACGUCUUCGCGCAUCUGCUGAGCCGCUCUUUGAGGAGCUGGAACUGAAGCCCGGUCAGCUCGCUGUACUCAUCAAUGGACGCUUUGUUGGGCCCAUUUCCGAGGACAAGGUCUUCUCAGCUGAAGACUUCGAGACGCUCAUAUCCUACGAGACGAACAAGCGUAUCGAGCCUUUGAUCAACGCCCUCGAGGACCUGGAACUGACUGCUAAGAUUGCGACUCCCUUUGAUGCUGCAAAAAUCCAGUCUCUGGUAGCUCUUUCCACCGUUUCUGAUGUCCCAGAAGGCAUGUUCGAAACGGUGUCGACCCUGAGGACCAGCACUUUCAAAAAAUGGACUGCUGACCACACAGCAAUCAUCAGGGGCCAAAAGGAGAACGCUGUUUUCCAGAUCGUUGCAUCCAUCGACCCUGCAACCGAGCAAGCUCAAAGGUGGAUCCCAAUCUUGAACACAUUGAGCGAGAUGGAAGGGUCCUACCUUCAGCUCUUCUUGAACCCGAAGCAGAUGCUGCAAGAGCUUCCUGUCAAGCGAUUCUACAGGUACCUGCUCGGAUCCAAACCAAGGUUCAACGCAGACGGUUCGGUCGACAACUUCAAGGCACAGUUCAAAGGGAUCCCAAAGAAGGCUCUGCUCAAUUUGGGCAUGGACGUUCCGCCGUCCUGGCUUGUCGCUCCUGAGGAGUCUAUUCAUGAUCUCGACAACAUCAAACUCAGCACACUACCUGUUGGUGUUGAUGUUGAUGCAACCUACCGACUCGAGAGUGUCCUCAUCGAGGGUCACUCCCGUGAUACCACAAACGGUGGGCAGCCGCCCCGUGGCGCAGAGGUUGUAUUGUCAACUGAGAAAGACCCGCACUUCGCCGACACCAUCAUUAUGGCUAACCUGGGUUACUUUCAAUUCAAGGCGAACCCUGGUUUCUACAGUAUACAACUGAAGAAGGGCAAGUCACAGGAGAUCUUUUCCCUUGACAGUGCCGGAGCCAAAGGCUGGGCCGUUCAACCCAACGACGAGUCGAGCGAGCUAGUACUUAUGAGUUUCCAGGGCACAACGCUAUUUCCUCGGUUAUCCCGCAUGCCUGGACAGGAGGAAGCCGACAUCUUGGCAGAUGAGGAGUCUAUUAUCUCUGAGCUUGCGACCAAAGGCACCGAGAAGGUUAACAAGUUGCUUGGUAAAAUUGGGCUUAACUUCAACAGCGAGAAAGUAUUCAAGAAGGGGGCUGAGCUCCUCGCCAAUUCGAAGCCUGCAAAGACUCGAGCCGACAUCAACAUUUUCUCCGUCGCCUCCGGCCACCUUUACGAACGCAUGCUGAACAUUAUGAUGCUCUCUGUCAUGAGGCACACUAAACACACUGUCAAGUUUUGGUUCAUUGAGCAGUUCCUCUCGCCCUCGUUCAAACACUUCCUGCCUCACAUAGCCGCUGAGUACGGAUUCGAGUACGAGCUUGUAACGUACAAAUGGCCGCACUGGCUCCGCCAGCAGUCCGAGAAGCAGCGCGAGAUUUGGGGUUACAAGAUCCUCUUUCUUGACGUGCUCUUCCCUCUCGAUCUCGACAAGGUCAUUUUCGUCGAUGCAGAUCAGAUCGUCCGCACUGACAUGUAUGAGCUCGUCACUCACGACUUACACGGCGCACCCUAUGGCUUCACGCCUAUGGGCGACUCCCGCACAGAGAUGGAAGGUUUCCGCUUCUGGAAGACAGGAUACUGGGCGAACUUCCUCCGCGGCAAGCCCUACCACAUCUCCGCCUUGUAUGUCGUCGAUCUGAACCGCUUCCGCAAGCUUGCUGCCGGUGAUCGUCUACGUCAACAGUAUCAUAGUCUGUCGGCCGAUCCCAACAGCCUGAGCAACCUCGACCAGGAUCUACCGAACAACAUGCAGUUCAAUCUACCCAUCCACUCAUUGCCACAGGAGUGGCUGUGGUGCGAGACCUGGUGUGCUGACGAGGACUUGGCUUCCGCUAAGACGAUUGAUCUGUGCAACAACCCACAGACCAAGGAGCCAAAGCUGGACCGUGCAAAGAGGCAGAUCCCUGAGUGGACUGUGUACGAUGAUGAGAUUGCGGCGCUGGCUAAGCGCAUCAGAGGAGAGAAGGAGCAGGCGGAGGUUGUGGAUGUUCAAGCUGAAGAGCAGGUCCGUGAGAAGAAGGAGAAGGAUGAAGAGAGGAAGAGAGAUGAAUUGUAGUGAUCAUCUAUGUUGUCCUGCAAGCAUGGAGGGUGUUUCGUAGAGACUUGAAUUAAUUUACGGUCGAUACAUAUAUUAACAGGGCGGGCCUGAUAUUUCAGGUAAGAGCACUGAAGGUUGACCCCACUUCAGCCUGCAUCUCCACACUUCCACCGACUCGCCAUGAAGCGCUUCUAACAUCGUACACAGUUGCGUUUUGACGCAACAUGCGCAACACGUUGAUCACUCUCAUCAUGGUCUCCCCCUGUCGUUAGUCUUGACGUGUGGACACGCUGCCCGCAUUGAAUGCUUCGAAUCUUUCGUUGUGCCGUUUUUUUAUGUCAAAUAGAACACGUCAGCUACCAUGCGUCAAUUCAGGU